AUGUUCUUCAUUUUAAUGGGGGUUUUGUUCAUCUUCAUAAUUCUGCUCAGCUCCACGACUUUUGCUCAGAAGGCCACCUUCAAGGUGGUGCGUGUGGUACCCCGCUCCAUCCCCGAUCUCCAUUUCCUUGAGAAUCUCGAGUUAAAUGCAACUGACAAUCAGGUACGGGCUAGUAAAAUAUCAUAUUGCUUUUUAGGUGAAGAAUGCAGCAUCCUCUUAGCUUAUUCAACUUAAUAUACAGGUUGUGAUUGCACAAUACAAUUAUACUGUUUAGGUAAACUUCUGGACCUCCCCCACCCGUCUAGGCGGAUCCGUGGACAUUAUGUUACCUGAAGACAAGGUGAACGACCUCACGUCUCUGUUCUACACCCACGGCAUCUCUUCUCAAAUCAUAAUAAACGACGUCGAAAGGUAGCCAAAGCUUUCAAAAUUAAAAUCAACAACUUACGUUAUUAUUAUUGGCCAAUAUUCGAAAGUAUUUGUUCAUCUCCAUAUUAACCUAACUCAAAUUCAGGUUAAUAAUCGACAGAGAACAGAAACCCAUCAAAUAUGGCUGGGAUCGAAAGAUGCGAGAUGAUGUAGACGAACCCUCGUAUGACUUUCAACAGUACGGGUCUUAUUCACAAAUCACUUCCUGGAUGAGGAAGUUGGCCCGAAAGUAUCCUGACAUCUUACAGUUCAUAUCCAUUGGAAAAACACAUGAAGGAAGAUCCAUUGAGGGUCUUGAGGUAACAAAACAACAAAAAAGACUCGGUUUUAUACCUAAUUUUACUUUUAUUUAAUUUUUAUCAAGUUUUGCACUGCUUUCUGCUAAUCACCCUAUUUUAUGGAGUUUUCAUAAAAAUACCAAACUUUUGUUAUCUAAUUAUAUAAUUUACGCUUUAAUUAACGGUUUUUAGUUUUUUAAAACUGCGACACAAACUAUGAGCUUAUUAUCAUAAAAAUAAGGUUUUUGUUACCUAAUUUUAAGUUUUGAAUAACUUCAGAUCGGGACCAAGAAGCCGAACAAACGCGUCUUCUGGAUCGAUGGUGGGAUCCACGCCCGAGAAUGGGCCGCCUCCCACACGGCACUCCACUUCAUACAUCAGGUAAGUGAUUUCGAAAGCACAGUAAUUGCUAGUUGGUCAGUAAAUACGGGCGAGACACGAAUGUUACAAAGUAUUUGGAAGACCUUACCUGGGUCAUCAUCCCGCUCCUGAACCCUGAUGGAUAUGAAUUCACGAGAAGCUCCACCAAUCCGAACGUAAGUGAUUAAUUACCCAAAUAUUUAGGUAAUUUUUUUAUUUUGUGGCGUUCCGUCGAGUUAUUGAUCUUGUAGACAACACGAUUUCAAAAUAUUGUUUUUUCGACAAAAUAUUGUUUUCACAUUGUUUUGUCUGUGACGUCUGCGAUAAAUCGGUAAAAACAAUAAAAGAGCGAUUUAGUGUCAAUGUUUAUAAACUAAAAUAAGCGAAAUAUAUUGCAAUACAUUGACAUAAACAUUCAGGUACGAUUGUGGCGAAAAAAUCGGAGUCCGCUACACUGUUCGUACGAUCAAUGGGGCCGGAAGCGGUGUUGCAAAGGCGUGGAUCUGAACAGAAACUUCGACUUUCAUUUCAAAGGUGAGCUGCUUUUACUUUUCUGAUUUACUACCGUCUCCAGACUGUUAAACAUGUUCAUUAGCAGUUAACAACACUUUCAGAAACUGGUUCGAGUGACGAUCCUUGCUCUGAGAUCUAUCAAGGGACCGAAGCCUUCAGUGAGCCCGAAGCCAGGUAAUUGAUCGUUUGGGAAAUGGAGAAUUUCAGUUAAGGGCCGUUCGAGACGCCGUCCUCUCCAAUCGGUAUCGUGGCAGGAUCGACGGCUUUGUCACGCUACACACCUACUCCCAGAUCUGGAUUCAUCCGUACGGACACAAGAAGGACAGUUAUCCUGGCGAUGUGCAGGAUCUGGUAAGGAUUUGGAGUUCUUGGGCUGGUUGAUAGUAUAUAUUAACAAAAGUAAUUUCAUCUGCUGUUGGUAGUAUCAAGUUUUACAAUUAAUAUAGAUCUAGAGGUGAAGGUUUCCAGAAAAAUGACAAAUAGCUAUUGAGCAGUACUGUCGACUUUGUUCUUAAUAUCUUUUCAGUAUAAUAUUGGAAAGAAAGCGACGUCAGCUUUGAACAAGCUUUAUGGCACCAAGUACGUAGUUGGAAGUGGUGCUGAUACCCUUUGUAAGUUUUGUAUUAUACAAUAAAUAUUUAACUUUUUUCAGGUUUUGUCGAUAUUCUUAAUUUACUUUUUAGACCCUGCUUCUGGUGGUUCUGAAGAUUGGGCUAAACAGUAUGCCAACGUUAAGUACGUCUACCUACUGGAGUUGAGGCCGGAUGAGAAAAGUAAGUGAAGUUGUCAAUAACUGUUACAUUUUUCAUUUGAAUCGAAGUAAAAAGUAUAUUACAAAUAAUAUGAGAUUACUUAUUUUCUUAAUGCCGUUACUGUGUUUCGGUUUAAUACUAUAAUAGUACCAGAAAGAGUCUACCCUAGCUUUACCGUAAGACUGUUCUAAAAGCUACCGUGAUUACAGACUGGGACGGCUUCAUUCUGGACGAGCAGCAACUCAUUCCGACGGCUCUGGAGACGUGGGCCGGCGUCAAAGUGGUGGCAGAUGCCAUAAUUCAGCGGAAUCUGGAGCGGAAUACGAAGCAGCCGGAGCGAAAGUCGUACAAGUUCGGGGACGGGUCGCCGGGCAGUUGUUACGACAUACGACACGCGUGCAAACGGUGGAUCCAGGAGAACGAGGGCCUCUGCAAGACGGUGCCCAUCUUCAUGCGGGAACAGUGCGCCUACUCGUGUGGGUAUUGUUGA